AUGAUUGGAAGUUCGACAGCCAACACCCACCCACUAAUCCACCCUCCCAUCUACCCUCCCAAUCCCCCACAUAUCCACCCUCCCACACACCCUCCCAUCCACCUGCCCGUCAACCCACCCAAUCCCCCACAUAUACACCCUCCCAUCCACCUACCCAAUCCCCCACAUAUCCACUCUCCCACACACCCUCCCAUCCACCUGCCCGUCAACCCACCCAAUCCCCCACAUAUACACCCUCCCACACACCCUCCCAUCCACCUGCCCGUCAACCCACCCAAUCCCCCACAUAUACACCCUCCCAUCCACCUACCCAAUCCCCCACAUAUCCACCCUCCCACACACCUUCCCAUCCACCUGCCCGUCAACCCACCCAAUCCCCCACAUAUACACCCUCCCAUCCACCUACCCAAUCCCCCACAUAUCCACCCUCCCACACACCUUCCCAUCCACCUGCCCGUCAACCCACCCAAUCCCCCACAUAUACACCCUCCCACACACCUUCCCAUCCACCUGCCCGUCAACCCACCCAAUCCCCCACAUAUCCACCCUCCCAUCCACCUACCCAAUCCCCCACAUAUCCACCCUCCCACACACCCUCCCAUCCACCUGCCCGUCAACCCACCCAAUCCCCCACAUAUCCACCCUCCCACACACCCUCCCAUCCACCUGCCCGUCAACCCACCCAAUCCCCCACCCACACACCCUCCCAUGCCAUCCCCACCCAUCCCACACACCCUCCCAUCCACCCACCCAUCCACCCACCCAUCAGCCCUCCCAAUCCCCCACAUAUCCACCCUCCCACAUACAUAA